CCCUGAGGACAUCAGGUCUUGGAACAAGCGCACUCGGCAGGCCCUGACCAUGGCAGUCUUACUCAUCCUCCUUGUGUUUCUUCAGUGGCCCUCGCGAGCUGCUGCAGACAACAUCCGGGAGAUCUACGUGUCCCUGGGGGAGGCCUUGGAGCUGUCAUGUCCUUUGCCACCCACCUUACAGGGGGACGAAGUCCUGUCUUGGUUCCAUAGCGCUGCCACAGGCUCUUCCACCACCAUGGUGACCCAAGUCCAAGUAGCCAAGUCCAUCCCAGACCUCGGAAAAACUAUAAAGGACUCCAGGCUCAAGCUGCUGGGAAACUAUUCUUUAUGGCUGGAGGAGUCCAAAGAGAGAGACGCCGGGAGGUACUGGUGUGCUGUGCUGGGUCAGCGCUACAAGUACCAGAACUGGAGGGUGUAUGAUGUCUCCCUGCUCCAAGGAUCCCAGUUGUCUGCAAGGACCGCAAAUGGGUCUUCCUGCACGGUCCUCCUUUGUUCCAUGCUGCCCGCCAAACGCCUGGACUUCGUGACCUGGCUGGAGGGGAAGGGUCCCGUGAGGGGCCGUGUCCAGUCCUUUUGGAGCGAUGGGGCUGCCCUGUUACUAGUGUGUCCUGGGGAAGGGUUUUCUGAGUCCAGGGGCCGUAGACCAAGAACCAUCCGCUGUCUCAUAUCUCAAAACAAUGCAGUCAACUUUAACCUGCCAGCCCUCGUAGAUGCCUCUCCUGUCCACUGUGCCGCUGCCAUGGGUUGGGAUGUGACCUGGAUCCUUUUGCUGCUGCUUAUUGCUGGCCAAGGCCUCACGAUCCUGGCCCUCAGCGUCGUGUUGUGGAGGCGGAGGCUUCAGGCAGCUCCAGGCAGAGAUGCCCCGAUUCCUCACUUCAAACCCGAGAUCCAGGUCUAUGAGAACAUCCAUCUGUCCCAUCUCAGUCCGCCGGUCCACAAGAUCAAGUGACCCUCAGUGACACCUGCUGUGGAGAGUCACCAGCUAUCUCCCAGAAAACCUUGCGGGGAGGCUGCAGUGACUAACAAUGCCACCUCUUGCUAUCCAGCUGGCCUCCGGCACCCCCCAAGCUGUGGGUCCAAUGGGGGUGAAGGAAAGGAGGAAUUUAUUCUAUGAUGCUAUCUAAAGAGUGUGCGCUCCUGCAUCAGCCAGUUUUGGCAGGGUGGGGUGCUGAGCCCAGAGUACUGUGGGAUUAAGGGGAGGCUAGGACAGCCGGUGAGGAUGAGGAGGGUAGGAGUGGGCAGGGAAGAGACAGAGGAAUCCAGACUGGAACAAUGGUGGGGAACUGGUGUCAAGGGAAUCUGAGAACAAAGAGGGGCUCUGAAGAAGAGAGAAGAAACUGGGUGAGAGUAAGAAAAUGGAACAAAGUGAGACUGAGGGAUAGAGAAAGAUGGAUCAGCCAGAUGCCCUGCCACCUCACCAUUCUUGUUUCACCCACAGAGAGAGGAAAGUGGGGCUUCCUGGGUGGAGGGGAGGCAAAUGAGCGGGGCUGGGCUCCCUGCCUGACCCCAUGCUUAUCCCAGGCACUCACGCUCUUCCUGUGGUGCUCCGCUGUGGCAACUGUCCAUCUGGCUAUCUGGCUAUCCGUAGGGUGCAAAUAACUUAUCGCCUCUCUGACCCCCCAGGAGCACCCUGCUUAACCUCCCCAGCAGAGGGUGUGGCCCCAGGGGCUGGCUGUGGGAUUUCUGAGGAAGACCUGUCACGCUGAGCUCUACAGGAAGUGUGACCAAGUUUCCCAAGGUGACCAUCCCCCAGGCCCAGGUAGAAAUGAGAGGGCCUCCCAGCCACCCCUUGUGAGUAACUCCCCCAGGUGACCCUUCAUGUGGAAGCUCAAGCUUGGGCCUCACUGGAGAGAAGCUUUGUCCUAAUUCCCUGGCACUGCAGCUGCCUGAGCUAGGAUGCAGCUAUUAACACCGAUGGAGAAUGAGGGGAAGAUGACCAUCUGGCUCUGGGUCCAGCAUCUCAGCCUGACAGACCAAGCAGCUGCGGUUUGCUUGUAGCAUGUAGGUGUGCACACAUAUCCAAAGUGCACACAUUAGGCAUGGCCAGGCACCCAGGAAGCCCUUUUCAGAAGCAUACCCUCGGAAGUUCUCCACCCUCUCCUUCCUGAGCACACUACCUCCCACACCAACCUUUCCUAGGGAGACUUUCCUCCCCAUCCUGGUGCUCCUUCAGUUCCAUUUCCCAGAACCAAACCCACAGCUCCAUCAAAAUGCCUGCCUUGUGGUUUGUGCAGUGGCUUAACA